AUGACACUAAAGGUGAUUACAAAGCUGAAGUCUGGCUCCUCUGCAUGGUAUAAUUUGGCGCUAGAAGCUGUGUGCUUGAAGAAUGAGAAGCGGAGUGGAGCGGUUGGACGAUUGCAACACGUUCAGCUCCCAAAGCUUGCUCUCGAUGAGGAUCAGAAGCAAGCACCGAGCUUCCCGAGCCUGCACGCUGCGGCCUGGAUCGGAGAUGUGUCAACCAUGGAGGCCCUGAGGGAGGACCCUGAUCUGAAUGUCGCAGAGACGACGCAAGGAGGCUUCACGGCAUUACACUUCGCCGCAUCGAGGGGUCACACCGAAGCGGUUCGGGCUCUGCUAGAAUGGUCGACGGCGGAAGUGAAUGCCGUGACUGUCGAGGGCUUUACAGCACUGCACAUGGCUGCGUACGGCGGGCACUUGAGCUGCGUUAGACUCCUGCUGCAGCAAGACUCGACGAAUGCGCACAUCAACGCCCGGGACAAGGUGCUGGGAAGGACGGCUUUGCAUUGGGCUGUAGGUCACAAUUCCGACGACGGGCUGGCCAUGGUGAACCUGAUGCUGCAGAGUUCUGAGAUAAACCCAUGCCCCAGGGACAGGGCCGGAUUCACGCCGCUGCACUUUGCAGUCAUAAACUCCGGGGAAGGGGCAAUCCCGCACGCGGCCAUGGAAGCUAUUGUUCUGUGUCUGUUCCACCGUCCGCAGCAGCUGCGCAAAAUUCCUGCGAAUGUGAUUAGGCAGAUGAUGUGGGGAAUCCCCGAGAAGAUGGUGGAGGUGCUCCUGACAAAAUACCCCGAUCAGAUCGAUUUCAAGGUAGGCAACACAUUUCCGUCGAGGGAAGAUGUGGAGGACUUCAACUCCAUGCCCUGGAGACCACUCUGGACGGUCGAUCUCAAAGAGGUUCACGCAGCAGCACCGAGCAGGAGAUUUGUGACGGGAUUCCCAAAGUUCCGAGCCCUGGGUAAAUGCGUGAGCGGCUUCACUGCCCUGCACUUCGCCUCCGGGCAGAACCACGCGGAGCUAGUGUCGUACCUGCUCGAAAACUUUCCGGACAUGGAGGUGAACGAACCCGAUCUGAGAUACGGAAUGACUCCCUUGCAUCGCACGAUGUUGAAAGGAGCGAUGAGGUCCUUCAAGAGGCUGAUGUCGUGCGAGAAGGUGGAUGUCAACGCAUUGGUGAAGUUCUCAGGCCAGGUCGACCCACAACCAUGGCUGCCUCAGAGUCCGGUCCUGGAAAGAAUCGACGAGAACGGGUCCGACGCAUACAAAGAGUUUCGACCGGGCGAGUUCUGCCGAUUCGAAACUCCGCUCCAUCUCGGAAUCCGCUUCUGUGCACCCGAGCAAUUCCUGAAGAUGAUCACGACUUUCCUCAAGCACCCGGCACUCGAUGUGACCAUCCGCAACACGAGUGGCACGCCUGCCAUUCAGCUGGCAUGGCUGAGGUCAGACUGCACGCUGGUCUCUUUGCCCUCGCACCCCGUCAUGUUGCCGAUCUAUUUCCUCCUCUGGCCCCACCCGCCCUUGGCGCCCAUGUCCAUCAGCGAAAAUUCCUCCGAGACCUGCAUCACCCUGCGCGCAACCAAACGCUACAAAGCCAUCGAUAGCGCAAAACAACAAAUCAAGGACCUGGACAUCGCCCUGGACAUGCUCGAGGAGCAUCCGGGGAACGAGAGGCUCAUGAAGAAAGUGAAUGACGCAUUGUCGGCCACGCAGCAGUCGGUGAACGCCGUGCUCGUGACGGCGUCAGUGAUCGCCGGGUUCCAGUUCCUGGCACCCGCCACAAGUCUGCUCCAAGUCGACAAGAGCGCCCUGGUAUGGCCGAGGCUGUUCUGGACCUGCUAUAAUCUCUCAUUCUUCUUUGCGAUUUUCACUGCGUUUCGCUGCCUGGGCACGACUGCCAUCGCCAGGCCCAUGGCUCAUCGCCAGGUCGGCAACCUCGAGAGUCUGCUGGCCUACGAACAGACUCGGUACACGGGGCCUCUGCAUUUGUGUGUCAUGUUCGGAGUCGUGGCCUUUGUCUCCUCGGCCGCCAACAACAUUCCACGGCAGGUGCGCGAUGUGGCGUGGUCUUGCUGCCCUGUCGGGUUCUUUCUGGUCCUCGUGGAAUUCGCUCGAAACCUCACAGGCUCGUACGAGGCAUAUCUGCACGGGAGGGUGCAACAUCGCAUUCAGAGGGGUGUCAUUCUCCACAUUCCUUGUUAUGUGGCUCGAGAAAUCAUCGGCCUUCUUCUGGCACCCUUGACGGGCCUUCUCACGGGCAUCUCCUAUUAUCGUCAUGUGAGUACUGUAGGCUGGACUCGCAAAUAUUUUCAAAUUGUUGGCAAAAGUCUGGACCAAGCAUUUCUAGGAGUGAUAGCAUAUCUGAUGAUAUGGUUGCUCGUUAAUACCGUGGUGAGGAUUUUCCUCCCUCUAGACUGA